AUGACUCAGGAAGGAGGGAUUGAUGUGAAUGUUGAGUGGAAUGACGUCCCUGAAUUCGACAAAGGUUACGAUUCUGAUGGUGAAAAUCGACGUGAGCGUAACGACUUUAACAUUGAGAAAGAUGUUGGUGAAUUUGUAGAUGAACCUUCGGUCAGACACAACGAGUAUCCGGAGACAGAAGAUGAUGAAGAAGAAGAAGGAAAAGAAAUUCAGAGGAAAAGGUAUAGGCGCAGUGAUAUUAGGAGAGGCGAUGGUGACUUGUAUGAAGGACAAGUAUUCAUCAGUGGUAUUGCGUUCAAGGAAGCUGUGGUAGACUAUGCUCUGAAAACUGGCCGAAACAUCAAACAAAACCGGUAUGAUAAGACGAAGCUGGAGUUUGUGUGUUCGGGGAAAGGCUGUAGUUGGCGCAUAUACUGCUCUUCUUCGGGAAAGUAUCCUAACAAGUGGCAAGUGAAGAUAUUGAAGGAAGAUCAUAGUUGUGUUCCCCCUGGUACAUGUGAGCUGCUGAAAGUUCUGGUGGAUUGA